AUGAGUGACUGUUCAAAUUCAGACGAAUCGGCAAGCCCGUCUCCACCUAAAAAAAAGAAUAAAACUCAAAAGUACACGAAAAAGGAUCUUUACUAUGAUAAUGAUGAAGAUGAGGAUGAUGACGACGAGGAAGACGAAGAAGAGGAUGAUGUCGAUGAAGAUGAAGAACCUGCCUUAACCUCGAAAAAAAAGAGAAGAAUGAAUUUUGCAAUUAAGGAUAUGUUUCAUGAUGAAGCUUCGGUCGACGAAGACGAUGAAGAAGAAGAUGAAGAAUAUGACGACGAGGGGGAACUGAUUGGUCCGGAAGAUGAAGAAGCCCUGGACGCUGUACCUGCAGCUCGAGAAUUAGAUUCUCGCCGGAGAAUACAACCAAAUUAUGUCGAUCGUUUUGGUGAUGGUGAGGCUAUGGCUGAUAGUAUUGUUCAAAAGGAACGUCUUCCAGGUAUCAAAGAUCCUAACCUCUGGGCACUUCGAUGUAAAAUGGGUGAAGAAAAGGCUACUGUACUUGCACUGAUGCGUAAAUUUAUAGCCUAUCAAUUUUCUGACACUCCACUACAAAUUAAGUCAGCCUUUGCUAAGGAAGGUUUGAAGGGUUAUAUUUAUGUUGAGGCUUUCAAGCAAACUCAUGUUAAACAAGCCAUAGACGGUAUAACAGCUUUACGACUUUCAAUGUACAAGCAACAACUUGUUCCAAUUGAAGAAAUGACAGAAGUUGUACGUGUGGUGAAAGAAACUGGUCAACUUAAACCUGACCAGUGGGUUCGGAUUAAAUCUGGACUCUAUCGUGAUGAUUUAGCAUUGGUUGAAUAUGUAGAGGAUGCACAAAAUUUAGUUGGUCUUAAGUUAGUUCCUCGAAUUGAUUAUGAAAGAAAACGUAAUCGUGGCACAGAAACAGAUGAUAACAACAAGUUUAAACGUUUUAAGCGCCCAGCACCAGCACUAUUCAAUGCAUCAAAAUUAUCUGAUCGUGUACAACGUGAUGGAUCAUCAUUGGUUUUUGAGGGGAAUCGAUACGAUACUGAUGGAUUCUUGCAUAAACAAUUUCGUAUUAAUGCUGUUUUUACUGAAGGCAUUCGACCUACACUGGCUGAACUUGAAAGAUUUCAUCAUACUCCUGAUAGUCUACAAAUAGCUGCUGCCGCUGCUAAUGCUGCAGCUAAUUUAACUUCAACUGUUAAUGUUGAGAUUGCUUCAAAUCAUUGUUUCACUCCUGGGGAUGUUGUCGAAGUAUGUGAAGGUGAUCUUAAGAAUCUUCGUGGUAAAGUUGUCUCCAUUGAAGGCAAUAGCAGGAUUAUUGUUCAGCCGAAUCAUUCUGACUUACGAGAACCCAUACCGUUUACACCAGUGGAAUUAAGAAAGUUCUUCAACCAAGGUGAUCAUGUCAAGGUCCUCAGUGGUCGACAUGUUAAUGAAACUGGUUUAGUCAUACGUUUUGAUCCCAGUCUAGCUGUUGUUUUAUCCGAUCAUAGUAUGAAUGAAAUGAAAGUUGCACCGAAGGAUUUACGUUUAUGGCAAGAUCGUGCUACAACUGUUGAAUCAUCUGGGCAUGUACAAUUGAUGGAUUUAGUGCAAGUUGACCCGCAAACUGUCGGUGUUGUUGUUCAUGUUGAACGUGACCAAGUCUCUGUACUAACAUGUUUUGGUAAAGUUGUUAAUUUAAAAUCGAAUACAGCAUUGCGUCGAUUAAAUACUGUUCGUCGACCACCACAAGCAUUAGAUCAUAAUGGAAAUUCUAUACAAUUAAAGCAAACUGUUCGCUUAUUAGAAAAACCUCAUUGUGGAUUAAUUGGUGAAGUGAAACACUUGUAUCGUUCAUGGGCAUUCAUAUAUUGUCGUACACAUUUAGAAAAUGCUGGACUUGUUGUAGCUAAAACUCGUCAACUCUCUGCAUUAACCACUUCACAAGGAGGUAACGAACAAAGCAAUACAGAAAAUGGUAUUUCAAUGAAAACAAUUACACCUAUCAGUGGUGCAAGAAACUUUGGCGGUAAUAAUGAAGGUGGACGUGGAAAAGGUAGUCGUAACGAACGUCAGCUAGUUGGCAGGACAGCUUUGAUUGUUAAGGGUACAUUAAAAGGUCUAUUGGGUAUUAUAUGUGAUGCAACACCAACGCAUGUAGUACUGGAAUUACAUAGUCAAUUUAAAAAAGUACCUGUUGCACGUGAAAAUAUGGCUUUGUUAGACAGUGGUGGUCGUAUCAUGGAUACACAGUAUGGUGCUACUACACCUCGUAUUACACCAAUGCGUGAAAUGCGUACACCACAGUUGGCAUAUGGUGCUCAAACACCACAUGCAGCAAGUACAACUCCUCGUGGUGACAGUACCCCCUUACCGAGUGCAUUUAAUGCUGGUAUGGCUACACCAAAAAUUAGUCAUCUUGAUGAACCCAUGACUCCAAGUUCUAGCUUUCUGUGGACUUCAAGUGAUCUUCAUCGUAUGUCAAGUUCAAGUACCCAUUCAUUGUCUGAUACUGAAUAG